AUGAUACUUAUUAGACCAUUAUUAACAAUACACAUCUAUAUUUUGAAUUAAUAUAAAUAAUACCUUACUCUCUAUUUUACCAUAAAAUAAAUUAAUAGUUUCAUGUAUAAAUCUGUCACUCUAUUAAAAUACCUUGUUGCUAAUGCUAGUUUAGGUUUUGUGUAUUUUGGAUACUCAGUUGGUUAUUUGAAUCCUGCAUUAUAAACAGUAGACGUAGUUUUUGGAAUCACAGAUAAUGUUGAUUAUUUUAAUGGUCUAUUGUCAGCAAUUAUGACUAUUGGAGCUGCAAUUGGUGUAUUGACCAUGCCAAAUAUGUUGCAAUAUUUCAGUAGAAGGCAAUCAUUAAUUAUUUUGGACUUCUUUGGAAUUUUGGGAUAUGGAGUUUAAUUAAUUGGAGAAUGGAAGUUUUUGGUAAUUGGAAGAUUUGUAGCAGGCGUAGUACUUGGACUUAAUUCGGCGUUAGUUCCCGUUUAUGUAAACGAGUUCAGUCCUCCAGAACUCUAAGGUGUAUUAGGUUCUAUUAUGACAAUGUCUGGUAGCUUUGGUUUAUUUCUCUCUUUCACUAUAGGAUUAUGGUAUAAAUAAAGCCCAACCAUAGAUGAUCAGUAUUGGAGAGUCGGAUUUUCUUUUCCUUUACUGGUUUGUGCCUUUCGUAGUUACAAUCUGAUUAGCAACUUUAAAUUAGAUUCGCCUAAUUAUUAUAUCAGUAUAAAUGAUGAGCAAAACGCAAUUGAAUCUAUAAAGGUGAUAUAUUAAGAAGAGUACGUUUAAGAUAUAUUGAAAUAAACAAAACAAAAUCAAAAGCAAAAUACGAGUUCAACAGAAUCGUAUAAGGAUUUAUUUUAUGGAAGAUUAUUUAGGAAUUUAGUUAGAAUAUCUGUAUUAGCUUGCAUAGGAUAGUUGUUGGGCAUUAAUGCUGUGAUAUUUUACUCAACCUAAAUCUUUAAUCAGAUUACAAAUAAUGAUGUUUAGAAAUCAAAUAUUUUAAACCUUUUCAUUCCUUUAUUGGGCAUUCUUGGAGCUUAUUUAAUGGGUUUUAUAUUAAAUAAAAUAACGAGAAAAAACUUCUUUUUACUGGGAGCUGUAUCGUGCGUAUUAAUUGAAUUCCCACUUGGAUAUAUGACAUCAUUAGAAGAAUAGCCAGCUAUCCUUGUCGUGAUCUUCAUAUUUCUCUUUAUACUGCUAUUUUCUACAACAAUAGGACCAGCAUUUUGGGUGGUAAUGCCAGAAAUGGUUUCUCCAAAAGGAGUUUGUCUUGCGACUAGUGUAAAUUGGUUGGGCACAGCUGUUGUCGGUCAAUUUUUCCCAAUGCUAGUCUCUUCUUUCAGCAUAUCCGUUUGCUUUUACAUCUUUUCAUUUGCAGGAAUCUUAGGGAUAUUUUACAUAUAAUAUGAUUUCAAAACAGACCCAAAAAAUAUAGACACUUAAUAAAACACAGAACUGGUAAUUUUAAAUUAAUGA